AUAUAGAUUUGUAUAUAAGUUAGUUCAUUUACAUAGUGAAAGGGAGGUAACCGUUCCCCGUGAGGCGUGUGUUGCUUACAGUUUGCCAGAAUAGACAUAUAAGAAGAAAGCAGGAUGAAGACGCUGAUGCCCAACCAAGACACAAACAAUGUCAAGUGUUCUGUCUUGACCAGCGUCCCGGUGGCUACAGCUAAGGACAUGAAAGAGAUAGCCCACUAUGCCUCAUGGCAUGCCGCGAACCACAUGAAGCGGUACAGGCACGACGCCCAGCGAGACGAGGAGACGGUCCGGCGCCACUACAACAGCCUCUGCAGUUCCGGUGUCUUCAGCCACGACUUCUGCUUCAUGUACGAGCAAAUGGCCUGGGCAGCUGCCUGGAGCACAGCCAGUGAGAGGAUGGGGAAGAAGAAAGAUGCUGUGCUGUACAAGCAGAAAUGGUUAGAUUGUCACAUGGAGCUUGUCCUGAGCAGGGAGAUUACCGGUCAGCUUGCCAAUGAUCUCCAAAGCCUCUGCUGGUCAUCAGCCUGGUUCACGGCCAACACGAGGAAGGGCUUCUUCUACAGGAAAGAUGCGGCUGAGGAUGCCAGGAAGAUGCAAAUAUAUUAUGACAGGAUCCGGGGAAAUUAAGAUCCAGCGGCAUGAAAUUUCAGGCGUGACAUAUCCUGAAAGUAGAAGUGAUUUUUUAAAAGCAAGAUUAUUAUAUAUUAUCAACAUGUGUAUUUAAUAUACUCGAUCGCUGUAAUAAUGUAUCCCAUUUAGCCAUACUGAUUCAGAUCCAAGCCAAGAAGAUAGAAGACAUUGAGGACUGUAAUCUCAUGCACAAUGGACCUUUACAUCAUACGAACCAAAUAUUUCUUUUAGUGAGGCAUGGGUACUAAUGAAACUGUCAAAUGAAAAAAACAAAAACAUUAUUAGGUAACAAGAAGCAAAAUGAACCAAAUGUUAACAAUUGGGAUUAACUUAAUAACAAAGAAUUGUUUCUUCACCCAAAGUUAGAACGAGCUAUAUACAGAACAGGGUAUUAAUUUGCUGUUAUACAUUUAAUGAGAUUUGAAAGUUACUUCAUUAUAUUUUAAAAUUGAAAUGUUUGUAUAUUCCAUAUAUGUGGAUAUAAAUUAUAACAGUAUGCAUUAGUUAAUAACAAUGGGAAUAGCACGAUCUGUAUAAUAUAUACUUGACUGCACACAAGGGUGUUAAGCAGCAUUUUCUAUAUUGUAACAGUGGCUAAUUGGUCUGUUUGAUAGUCAUGCCAUAUCACAUGCUUGUGAUAUAGUCGCGUUGGAACAAUUAAUUCUGCUUUUAGCGCAGAUUUCGUGUGAGUAGGAAAGUGGUUUGGGCGUUUUUAUUACUAUUAUUAUAACAGAAAUGGUUUCCAGUAGUUUUAUAUACUGUAGACAUUCGAUUAAAUGCUUUAUAUUCGAAUUCUUUUUUGUUUGAUCAACUGAUUUUGUCUUUGCCAGUAGAUAUAGUCAGCACGUAUGAGCAUGCCUCACUCAUCUUCCACAAGUUGGUUUGUAGUAUCAAAUAUGCACAGGAGCACAGCGAAGACAGUGAACACCAGCAGUUUUCCAAUACACAAAAAAGUGUUGUUAGGAUGUUCAUAAUUACGCAUUGUACAAGGUAGAGAAUUACUGCUUCCUAGGUUCAUCUAGCCACACAUGUACAGUGGCAUUUUCAGUCAUAUUUCCAAUAAAUGAUACUUUGCAACU